UAUAAAAGAUUUACUCCUUCAACUACAGCAACACUUCAAACAAAGAUCAACAAAUUGACCAGCACUGCUCACCUGCGCACACGAGCCAGUCUGCGCGCGCUGCUGGAGUUUCUCACUAAAGAGGCUGCUGAAAACAGAGAAAACAUGCCGGUGGCAGUUCUACCAUUCUUCGGCCCUAUCUCCGUGUCAGAGAGCCUGGUUGCCAUGGUGACAGUGUGCACGGUGUACCUCCUCCUGCGUCUGACCCGGACCAGGAUCCCUGAGGGUCUUCAGAUGCUCCCGGGCCCCCAGUCCCUCCCCAUUAUCGGGAACGUGCUGGAGCUGGGCCAGAACCCUCACCUCAGCCUGACCGCCAUGAGCAAGCGCUACGGCCCAGUUUUCCAGAUCAGGAUCGGCAUGCGCCCCGUGCUGGUGCUGAGCGGCGGCGAGGCGGUGCGGCAGGCGCUCAUCAAGCAGGGAGAGGAGUUCGCCGGACGCCCCGACCUGUACAGUUUACGAAUCGUCAAUGAUGGUAAAAGCCUGGCCUUCAGCACAGACCAAGUCGGAGUGUGGCGCACUCGCCGUAAGCUGGCCCUCAACGCCCUGCGUACUUUCGCCACUGUGGCAGGCCAAAGCCCGGAGUAUGCCUGCGCCCUUGAGGAGCACAUCAGCAAAGAGGGGCUGUACCUGGUGGAGAGGCUGUGCAAGGUGACAAAGGCCAGCGGUGGCUUCGACCCCUUCCGCCACAUUGUGAUGUCCGUGACCAACGUCAUCUGCGGCAUGUGCUUCGGCCAUCGCUACAGCCACGACCACCAGGAGCUGCUGAGCGUGGUCAACAUGAGCGACGAGUUCGGCCAGGUUGCAGGCAGUGGCAACCCGGCUGACUUCAUCCCCUUCCUCCGCUUCCUGCCCAGCAAGACCAUGAACAAGUUUGUGGACAUCAACAGGCGCUUCAAUGCAUUUGUGCAGAGGAUCGUUAGACAGCACUACGAUACCUACGAUAAGAACAACAUUCGUGACAUCACGGACUCCCUCAUCAAUCACUGCGAAGACAGGAAGUUGGACGAGAACUCUAACUUGCAGGUUUCCGACGAGAAGAUUGUGUCGAUAGUGAAUGACCUCUUUGGGGCCGGCUUCGACACCGUCAGCACUGCUCUGUCUUGGUCUGUUGUGUAUCUGGUGGCUUAUCCGGAGAUUCAGGAGAGGCUCUACCAAGAGCUGAAGGAGAAGGUCGGAACAGAUCGCACACCUCGUCUGUCGGACAAAACCAGCCUGCCGCACCUCGAGUCUUUCAUUCUGGAGACCUUCCGUCACUCCUCCUUCCUCCCUUUCACCAUCCCACACUGCACCACGAAAGACACAUCGCUGAACGGAUACUUCAUUCCUAAAGACACAUGUGUGUUCAUUAACCAGUGGCAAAUAAACCACGACCCAGAGGAGUGGAAGGAGCCCUCCUUGUUCAACCCACACCGCUUCCUGAGUGCCGACGGCUCCGAGCUCAACAAGGCCGAAGCUGAGAAGGUCAUGGUGUUCGGCCUGGGUAAACGGCGCUGCAUCGGCGAAGCCAUCGGCCGCUCCGAAGUCUUCCUCUUCCUCGCCAUCCUCAUCCAGAGGUUAAAGUUCAGCAGCCUGCCAGGUGAAAUGCCAGACAUGACCCCUGAGUACGGCCUCACCAUGAAGCACAAGCGCUGCAUGUUGCGCACCACUCCACGGCCAGGCUUCGAGAUGUCCAGCCCGUAGAGUCUGCAGUGAGCCGUAGGCCGCGUAGUUCAGGGAAGCUAACGAGAGUCGCUUCUGUUACUGUGACACUGUGCUUCACUGUCUUUUCAAUGCAGUGAUGGUGGUCACAAGACUUUCCUUAUAAUGGUGUUGACAGGAGGCCAGACGCUUUUAUCCACUAUAUAAAAUGGCCAGUGAACAUUGUGUGUAAUGUCGAUAACAGUGGUACGUUAUGACAGAUAACAGAGGUAAUGUAAUAAAAUAGUGGCCAAUUCAUAGAUACAAGUCUGUGGGGACUAUUUUGCCUGCAUGUAUCCCUCCGCCAAAACUUUUUCGAUGUGUUCACCAUCAGCCAGUGUAUUCAUAACCAUUUCAUGUAAUAGCUUCCUGCGAGGCAGCUUUAAAAGACAUUAAGCUCUUCAGACGUCUGGUUCCUAUCACCACCACUGGGAACAAGAAUGGAGCAGUUCACAUCCAACCACUCUGAAUGAGUUUGUUUACAUCUUAACUACUUAAUGAUGCAGACAUUUGGGCACAUAAAAAACUAAAAAGGAAACUAUAAAAGCCUCACUCUAGUCUAAAUGGGAACAUCAUGGUAAAAUACCAUUGGCAUUGCAGUUUAGUCCAAGAUUAAGGCUCAGAACUCUGUCCACUAAACUGGCCCCAUGUCAUUGCUAGAUAUGUAUUGCCUCAAAAGGUCUCAUAACCACUUGUUGUUGUAUCUCAGGUCUCGCUACAGCGGCUAUGAAAUGUAAAGAAAGGUGUCUUUUGCGUGUUUCGUCAUGUACAUACAACUUUUCCUCACUAAACAGGUCACACAAUGACCGAUGACCAAACUAUUCGUCACUGAAUAUCACAAAAAGUAGUGAUACAUGAGUAAACGACACUGUGCCUUUUAUCACAUAUCGACUUUUUUAUCGCUAUUGUUUUUCUUUCAUUUUGCUUUACACGGUGGACAAAAUCUCUGAAAUGAAAAACACUGAAGUAAUUCUGCAAUAUUUAAGCUCUAUCCCAAAAUGUGAUCCAUGUGCUGGUAUUACUGACAAGCAGACUUUCUACGUGCCUCAGCAUAUGUUUGUACAGAAUGCAGAAGUUUUAUAUCAAGGUUUUCUUUAUUAAGAUAUAUAGCUUUAGAUACAGGUAGAACCGCUACUUUUUUCAGUAUAAGUCUGUAUAAUUAUGUUGUGUCUAUUUUUUGCAUAAGAUGAAGGAAGUGAAUUGAACUUUAGGUGCAACUUUUGACAUAAAAAAACAAGCUGUUAUUGAAUAAUGAUGGUAAUUAUUGUACUCUGUAAACGAUGUUUGGCAUAUUUGUGAAAUAAAACUAUGAGAGACACAUA